CGGCCGUCCCAGUACCCCUGCCCCUCCCAAUCCUUCUCCAUUGAUUGCCAAAUUUCGCUUGCUUCCCCUCCUCCCCGACCAAAUCCCCCCGACGGCGGCAGCAUCAUAGUCGGCGAUCUGAGCGGCGGCGUUCGCAGAGGCGAGUGGGACGGGUCAGCUGGACUGCACAGCGGUGGCCCGGUGGCUGUGCGCCGAGGAGCGAGGGCGUCCACGGAGGCGGCGAGCUAGUCGGCGGGGAACUGCACGCAGGAGGCGAGCUGAGAGGCGCGACCUCCACGAUGGAGUGAACAAGCAUGACCACGCACGGAGAAACAGAGCACUGAGCGUGGCGGCGUGAACAGAGCUACGCGUUUGAGGGGAGCCAAGGUGUCUGGGCCGCCGCACGCCCGCCCGCCGGUAACGAUGGAGGCCAAAACAGAUCUUGACAUUAGCCGGAAGCCGGAGCGGCCGCCGUCCAAAUUCCCCACGGAUGGCUCCUCAAUUGACUUUGGGACAUUUGAUAAGCACGGCUUCAUCUACGUUCCACCCGUCAUUGGGGAACAGUGUCAGUCUGCACCUGUCACGGAGGAUUCUGCUGCUGCAACACAAGCGUCCUCGCUGCAAGAGAGCGACUCCUCCAACAAAAUUGCGCCGCCAGGGGAUGCGUCACCAGGGAAAGGUGAUACGCCGGACCCUGGUGAAUCUGUUGGAGAUGUCAUGGCUGAUAAGUUGACAGAGCGCAAGUUGGAUGUUGAUUCACCAGAAAUCAUUACAGGGGGUUUCCACAGAGCCAAGCUGAUGGACAAUUUGAGGUGCCUUGCGGAGAUUAACAAAAUGUCAAACGGGAUUAGGAGGAAGAAGAGGAAAACAAGUGGUGGACAAGCUAUAUAGUUCCUUACCAAAUGCUCCAACUAGUACUACAACGUGCUGCACAUUUGUUCCAGAUGGGAUUUCCCCGCAGCUUGCUAUGGUUCGCCAUCUAAAUCACUGGAAGAAAGAUGGCCCAAGGUGCUAGGCCUCACUCUGAGACAUUACAAUCGAUCUUAUGGCGUUCUGAUGAAGUCUUUUUUUUUUUUUUUUUUUUUUUUUGCGAGUAAAAGAAAGUAACAUUAAUCUGGCAAAGUUACACAAAGGACCCCGAAGGAAAUCCGAUUACAAGCACACCCCUGUGCAACUCGAACACGACGACGAUGGUGGCACGGCGCUGUCGGUGGCGCGCCGCCGCCUCUGCUCCUUAUGACGCCUUGGAUCAGGAGCAUCCCCAUGACGGACGGGAAGUCGCCGAGCACCGGCCGCAAGGACCUACACCGAACGCCGCCAUCAACAUCGAUCCAGAUCAAGCCACCCUCCUCCACGCUUAUUUCAGUAUCCGGCGCCGCCGUCCCACGGUCACCGGCGAGGGGAAGACGCCCACGCCAACUCCAAGAAGCUGCGAGCGCGCCAGAGGUGGAAGAUCGCCUGCAAGAGCUCCAAGGAACACCGCCGACGAAGAGGAAGACUCCCACCUGCAAAAGCCACUCCGGCUGCGCCUCCUCCUCCCCGACGCCUCCGGCUGGCCGUGAAAGAAAACCUGCACUAUAUACACACCGCCGCUCGGGGUCCCCCCGUCCUCCCGCCGCCGGAGCAGCUGGCGGAGGGCGAGGCGGCCGCCGAGACGGCGAUGGCGAGGCGGCUCUCCUUCGGUCGCUCAGAAAAACACCCUUCUCUACUGUAGACGGGGAAGGGAUAAGGCCAAGGCUCCUUUCUGUUCUGGCGUUCUGAUGAAGUCGGACGAGAUUGACAGUGAAAGUUUCCAAGGGGUGGAUAUUGGGAGCGGGCCUAAAUGGGAUGGAAUACGGCAGAAGUAUAAAGAUCUGUUUGAUUAGUUUACUGAUACCAUGAAGGAUUUAUUCGGUAUGAUCCUAGUUCAUGGAACUCCUUUUCUUGUCUCCCUUUUCUUGUCUGUCUUCAUGUCUACAGCUUGCAAUAAACAAAAGAUGACACAGGAAGUGAAAUGCACUUCUAUGCACUCAGCCUUUUUCUAUUAUGGAAGCUGCACCGACA